AUGUUCAAUUGUGGGACCAGCACUGCAUGUCGCUCGGGAGGGGGGAAGAUCGGCCACGCGGGCGGUGUAGGGGGGGUUGGAGGCGGGGAGGUUGCCACGCAGGUUGCCAGCAGGACCGCCGUCGAUGCCCUGCUGCAGUCGAAUCCCCGUUGUGCUUCGACUGUGAUCCCAAACGUCGGAUUCCACUCGAACGAGGCUCGACGCGGAGAUCCCCAUGCUAUACCUAGCACAGUGCUUCUGCGGCCAUUGUUGGAGUGCGACCUCACAGCAUCCACAGUCGACGCACCGACUGCUGGGGGUGCGCAGGGCCAGAUGUGCGCCGCGGGACCACUGUGGAGGGGCCCUGUGGCCUCAAAGUCCUCUCUCGCCGCCCUCGCCGUGCCUCCCCGCGCUCUGCCCUCUCCUCCUGUUCCCCCCUCCUCUCUGCUGCUCAGGAGUCGCUGCGGUUCGCCCGCGCUGUCUCGGCGCGUGCGAGCGCUAUGCUUUGCCGGCACCUUUGCAAGUGCCAUCGCGAGCUCUGCUGGCAUCCUUGAGUCCGGCGUGCGCGUGAGCUGGAGCUGA